GAAUUUUACAGUACUCACAAGUUACUGCGAAUUUCUGUACAAAAAAGGAACCGCGUGAUAUUGCUUUGCUCCAUAUUUUUCUACACACUACCCAGAUAAUGAAUUACCGAGAAAAAGGUAAUAAAGCAUUUGUUGAUAGAGAAUUCGAGACCGCACGACAAGAGUAUACUAAGGGAAUUGAAGUUGAUCCUGAAGACCCACGAUUAUGGUCAAACCGUGCGCAAACCUUUAUUAAACUCGGCUAUCCUGAACUUGCGAGCGUUGAUACCGCUAUUGCCCGUUCUCUCAUUGAACCAAAGAUCAUUAGUGGCAAAUAUGAUGAUGUCGAUCUGGUAUUACUUUGUAAGAAUGGAUGGAGAGAGGCGGAGGCACUGGCCAAGUGCGAUGGAUUCGAGUUAGCAGCAAGCGCGUUGGAGAGACUAUUUCAAAUUGCUAAUAGACGACCAGUGGCAGGUGUUGAUUGGAAUGCGUGGGAACGUGAAAGGGAUCGCUAUCUUAAAAAACAUUACCAAGAUACGACACUUUUGAAUAGUAUUGGAUCAGAUCGGCACAUAUUGCUCGAACAACUUGUAAAAAUGUGUAAGUUUUCAAGUUGUGGAGUUUACCCGUGGGACAUUCGUAGUCAAGAGCGUUGCACCUUAGGGAGUCUUGCUUCUGUUCAGAAACUUUUGGAAAAGAACUCUGGAAAGGGCAUCAAAGUGUCAUUAGUUAGUUUUCCUGGUGCUUCGCAAACACAUGAAUUUGGCAUAGUGGCAACAGAGAAUAUAAAAAAAGGAACCAUCUUGCUUGAUGAAAAACCGCUUAUUUCAGCUCAUGCGCCUGGCCAACAGCUAUGUGAUUUUUGCAAUAAAUCCGCCAGUUCGAAAAAAUUCUCUUGUCCAAAAGCGAAUUGUUCCGAAAUCUUUUGUAGUCGUGAUUGUUUUGACAAAGCUUGGAGGUUGUACCAUCGUGCUAUCUGUGGAAAAAAUCUUGAUUUGCUGUAUGAAAUUGUAAAUAAAGAACUAAAACGCGCAGGCAAUUUUCUUAUAAUGAUUCUCAAAAUCUUUGCCAUUGCCAAGCAACAAGAUAUUUGUCCUUUGGAUAUUGAAGGGAUCAAGCACCUUUUUCCCUUCCAACAUUCGACUGCAUGGUUCCAACAUGGCCUUAUUGCUAUCGACUUCUACUUUGAAUUAAUGAACUUAUUGAAACUUUCCGUUUCUGAUCCACGAUAUGAACCAUGGAUCUAUCUAACAAUUUAUAGAAAGACCAAACCCAAUACCUCUUUUUUUAAUCCUUUGACGUCAACGGGACAAUUUUACCCUAUAAUCUCUCUUUUCAAUCAUCAUUGCGAUCCAAAUGCCGGUUGUGAGGAUGUUGUAUCUAGAGCAAUUCGACGUGGAAAAUCAUUUGAUUUCGGCAUGACUUUGUCAACACAAAUCGUAGCAACCCGUAAUAUAAAAAAAGGAGAUCAAGUAUUUCUUAAUUAUACGUUAGGGCAUGACCUUAAUAUAUUGUCAGCGGUCGGUGGUACUGUAAAAGCAUCCGGCAGUACUAAGAUAACUCGUCAAGUUCUCGAAACGACUUAUGGGUUCCAUUGCAG